AUGUCAAAGCCAGUCAAAAAUCUCAUGGUGAAGCUCAUUGUGGGAGCUGGACAGGCUGCACCAUCGCCUCCGGUCGGUCCAGCAUUAGGUUCGAAAGGUAUCAAGGCCAUCGAUUUCUGCAAAGAGUUCAAUGCUCGAACUUCUUCUUACCAGCCAGGUACGCCGGUUCCUGUAUAUAUUACAAUCAAGCCAAAUCGUACUUUCACUUUCGAAAUGAAAUCUCCGCCCACUGGUUUUCUUCUGCUGAAGAGCUUAGGCAAAGACAAGGGCAUGGGCCAACCAAAUGUGCAUAACACCUCUGGGACAUUAGGUGAACUUUCACUCAAACACAUUUACGAAAUAGCCAGGAUCAAGAAAACUGACGGCAGACACGCAACUUUAGAUAUGCAAAGUAUCGUCAAAUCGGUGGUAGGAGUUGCCAAGAGUAUGGGUAUUAAUGUGGUACCGUGA